CCACGCGCGAGGAAGAAGGGAGCCCAGUCGUUGUCGGCGGUCAGGUUUCAGUGGUUUACUGCGGAGCCUCGUGUGUACGCAUCGCGUUCUGUAAAGAAGACAGCGUUGUAUGAGUACAGGCACCUCGCAGGGUAUCUCAUGCUCUUCUUACCUGAAGGUUUCGCGCUUGACACUUCGUCGCCUGCAUACAAAAGCGAAGUGCUCGAGCUUGGCAAUAAAGCACAACAGAACGCACUCACCUUCUUGAAGUCGCACGGCUCCUCCGCCGUCGCAGCAGGUACAGCGUUGAAGGCGCUUCGUCAGAUGCAGAAGCUUGGAAAACUUGACGAGCUCAUCACGCAGUUCCAUGAGCGCAUCAAUCGUGGUGUCAUUGUCGGUCCCACACCA